UUGACCAGAUAUACAACAUAUUAGGGUCAGGUCUUGGCUCUUCUCUAGGCGUGCCUUUUAGGAAGCAGACAUUGAGAACUCUGUGUGCAACCAUAGCUCAUGAUUCCAUCACUGAUGAUAUGGCCAAAACCACGAGUAUACUUCAGGAUAUGAGUGCCACAGAUCCGGACUUCAAAGUUUGUGUGCAAGUAGACGGUGAAAGCAGGGUGAAAACAGUAAUAUGGUGUAAUGGUAAAAAUCGGCUGGAUUAUGCACAUUUCGGUGAUGUGGUUACUUUCGACACCACUUACAGGACCAACCUGUAUAACAUGCCAUUUGGGCUUUUUGUUGGUGUGAAUAACCAUUUCCAGUCUAUUAUUUUUGGCGGCGUCCUCAUGGUUGAUGAAAAGACUCCCACAUUUGAAUGGGCAUUCAGAAACUUUAUUGACUUGAUGGACGGGAAACAUCCUACUACUAUAUUGACAGAUCAAUGCAAAGCUAUGCAAAAUGCUUUACGAAGUACAAUGCCCCACACCCGUCAUAGGUGGUGCAGAUGGCAUGUGUUAAAGGUCUUGAAAGAGAAAACUGGACACGUGUACAACAAACAUUCUGCCUUCAAGAAGGAAUUCCACGCGAUAGUAAAUGAAGAGACGGAUGUAGAAUCAUUUGAGCGAAUGUGGCAUCAAUUGAUUAAAAAAUACAAACUUCAAGGAAACAAGUACCUUCGCAGGAUUUUCAAGUGGAGGGACAUGUGGGCAAUGCCAUACUUCUUGGGCACAUUCUGUGCCGGGAUGACCAGCACGCAACGGAGCGAGAGUGCGAAUCAUCUCCUCAAAAAGUUCAUCAGCAGAUCAUCCCCAAUGCACUUGUUUGUUAAGCAGUACAACAAAUUGCUUGAUUCCAGGAGCCAGGCAGAAGACGAGGCAAAUUAUGUCAGCAAGCAGGUAUAAAAGGCAUGCAUGUAUUUUGUUUAUAUAGUAUGAGUACUACUCCAGCUACUAUCUGACAUUAUUUUAUUUUAUCUCACACAUUAUAUACUUAUUCCACUGAAUAACAGACACGCAGGCGGCUUGUAAUUGGCGCUACUAUCGAGAUAGAUGCAGCGGCUGUGUACACGAAGGCCUUGUACGAAAAAUUUUCACACGAACUUUUUAGAUCAGGCUCAUUUGAUGCACGGCGUUCCAAGCCUGGACACGUCUACAAGGUCAAAUUGUCGCCGCAACUAGCCUUAACUGAUUAUGACAAAAAGGUAUUCACCGUCAAAGUGGAAGACGGUGGGGACUUUGUCACAUGUGAUUGUGGAUUUUUUGAUCAUGUCGGCCUGUUGUGCUGCCAUUCAUUAAAGGUAUGCACACAUUUUUUUCAUUAUGGUCCUAUGUCAUGCGUCUCAAACUCAUUUUUACAGCACUGCAUUAAUGAUUUCUCAUCUGACUCGUAAUUUUGUUUUUUCAGGUAUUAGUUCAGAACAAUAUUGGCAAGAUUCCGCCAAGGAAUAUAGUCAAAAGAUGGACUUUAUGGGCAAGGGAAUCGAGACCACUGCACCUGGCAAACGAGGGUGAAAUGGGGGAGUUGUCUUCCCAAACUACGUAUAGAAGAAAUGUUCUAUAUGUGGCUGCUAUGGACCUUAUCAAGGAGGCAGAAUCCGGGUCUGAGUCAUUCCAAACGGCGUUCGCAGCUAUAUGUGAGGCAAAAGAAAAAAUUGCAAGUAAGAAGGCUUCAGAUAUGCUUAUUGAUACUAUCGCCGAACAAGCAAAUCCUGUCCGGCAUACCAUAACUGAUAUUGGGUCAGAAACCCAAAUUCUUCCUCCACAACGUGUGCUGUCUAAAGGACGACCUAGCUCCCUUCGCCCAAAGAGUCGUAUGGAUUACAUUGUGGCUAAGAAAGCUAGAAAACACUACAAGGACGGCCCAUGCCAUGCUCAUGAAGAUACUGCCGGUCCAAUGCCACCCCCUCCAUCCAAAAAAGGAUUGUGAAGUGUAGCCUAUGCAAGAUUCCGGGGCACACAAAGGGUAAUUGCACUGCUAGGGGAGUCUGAGCGCAAAUGUUCUCAUGUGGUUAUGCAAGUUUAUGUUCAGUGUCACUUUAUUUAACCUGUAGCGUCCUUGGUGUACUAUGUUUUGUACUGUGUUUUAUUUUUACAUGAAUCCGUAUGUUCAUGGAUUUUUGUUAUCUUUUUU